GGAGCCGCCGGGGUUGCGGGUCCACAGUUGGGAAACAUGCUGGACGCGAGCGGUCGGAGCCGGCCGGCGUGGACGUGGGCGCUGCUCCUGCAGCUGCUGCUGGCGGGGUCCGGAGGUUGCCUGAGUCGCCAGGAGCUCUUCCCCUUCGGCCCCGAGCAGGGGGACCUAGAGCUGGAGGCCGGCGACGACGUGGUGUCCCCCUCCCUGGAACUGAUCGGAGAGUUGAGCUUCUACGAUCGCUCGGACAUCACGUCGGUCUAUGUCACCACAAACGGCAUCAUCGCCACGAGCGAACCCCCAGCCGGGGAAUCCCACCCUGGAACCUUCCCGCCCAGCUUCGGCUCGGUGGCGCCUUUCCUGGCUGACUUGGACACAACAGAUGGCCUGGGGAAUGUGUAUUAUCGAGAAGACUUGUCCCCCUUCAUCAUUCAGAUGGCAGCGGAGUAUGUCCAGAGAGGCUUCCCAGAGGUCUCUUUCCAGCCCACUAGCGUGGUGGUUGUCACUUGGGAAUCUGUGGCCCCCUAUGGAGGGCCCAGUGAGAGCACCGCCCAGGAAGGCAAGAGAAACACCUUCCAGGCUGUUCUGGCCUCCUCGAAUUCCAGCUCCUAUGCCAUUUUCCUUUAUCCUGAAGACGGUCUACAGUUCUUUUCAACAUUCUCAAAGAAGGAUGAAAGCCAAGUGCCAGCCAUGGUUGGCUUCAGCCAAGGUUUAGUGGGAACUCUAUGGACGAGCGAUGGAGCCUAUAACAUAUUUGCCAACGACAGGGAAUCAGUUGAAAAUUUGGCCAAGAGCAGCAAUGCUGGGCACCAGGGUGUAUGGGUGUUUGAGAUUGGGAGUCCCGCUACUGCCAAGGGCGUGGUGCCUGCAGAUGUGAACCUGGACCUGGAUGACGAUGGAGACUACGAGGACGAAGACUACGAGCUAGCAUCCCCUCGUCUGGGCCUGGAGGAUGUAGUCACCCAAAGUCCCAGAGGGGGAAACUCUGACCCACACAAUGUGCCCAGGGUCCUCUCUCCUGGCUAUGAGGCUACAGAGAGACCCCAUGGAGCCCCCACUGAGAGGACCAGAUCUUUCCAAUUGCCAGCGGAGAGGUUCCCCCAGCAGCACCCCCAGGUCAUUGAUGUGGAUGAAGUAGAAGAAACAGGAGUUGUAUUCACCUACAACACAGGCUCCCAGCAGACGUGUGCCAACAAUCGACACCAGUGCUCCGUGCAUGCGGAGUGCAGGGACUAUGCUACUGGCUUCUGCUGCAGGUGUGUGGCCAACUACACGGGCAACGGCAGGCAGUGCGUGGCAGAAGGCUCCCCUCAGCGGGUCAACGGCAAGGUGAAGGGAAGGAUCUUCGUGGGGAGCAGCCAGGUCCCUGUGGUGUUUGAGAACACUGACCUACACUCCUACGUGGUGAUGAACCACGGGCGCUCUUACACAGCCAUCAGCACCAUCCCCGAAACCGUCGGCUAUUCUCUGCUUCCCCUGGCACCCAUCGGAGGCAUCAUCGGAUGGAUGUUUGCAGUGGAGCAGGAUGGGUUCAAGAACGGAUUUAGCAUCACUGGGGGUGAGUUCACCCGCCAAGCUGAGGUGAGCUUUGUGGGGCACCCAGGCAAGCUGGUCCUGAAGCAGCAGUUCAGUGGGAUCGAUGAGCAUGGCCACCUAACCAUCAACACAGAGCUGGAGGGCCGAGUGCCUCACAUCCCCCAUGGUUCCUCGGUGCACAUUGAGCCCUACACGGAGCUGUACCACUACUCCAGCUCAGUGAUCACCUCCUCCUCCACCCGGGAAUACACGGUGACUGAGCCUGAUCGGGAUGGCGACGCACCCUCCCGCACCCAUGUUUACCAGUGGCGUCAGACCAUCACCUUCCAGGAGUGUGUCCAUGAUAACUCCAGGCCAGCCCUGCCCAGCACCCAGCAGCUCUCUGUGGACAGCGUGUUUGUCCUGUACAACCAGGAGGAGAGGAUCUUGCGCUAUGCCCUCAGCAACUCCAUUGGGCCUGUGAGGGAUGGCUCCCCUGACGCCCUCCAGAACCCAUGCUACAUCGGCACACACGGGUGCGACAGCAACGCGGCUUGUCGCCCUGGCUCCGGGACACAGUUCACCUGCGAAUGCUCUGUCGGCUUCCGAGGAGAUGGGCGGACCUGCUACGAUAUCGAUGAAUGUGCCGAGCAGCCUUCCCGGUGCGGGAACCACGCAGUCUGCAACAACCUCCCAGGAACCUUCCGGUGUGAGUGCGUCGAGGGCUACCACUUCUCAGACAGGGGAGUGUGCGUGGCUGUCGUGGAUCAGCGGCCCAUCAACUACUGUGAAACCGGUCUCCACAACUGUGAUAUCCCCCAGCGGGCCCAGUGCAUCUAUAUGGGUGGCUCCUCCUACACCUGUUCCUGCCUGCCUGGCUUCUCUGGGGAUGGCAGAGCCUGCCAAGACGUGGAUGAAUGCCAGCUCAGCCGAUGUCACCCUGAUGCUGUCUGCUACAACACACCAGGAUCCUUCACAUGCCAGUGCAAGCCUGGCUAUCAGGGGGAUGGCUUCCGAUGUGUGCCAGGGGAGGUGGGGAAGACGCGGUGUCAGCUGGAACGCGAGCACAUCCUGGGAGCGGCCGGGGCGGCGGAUGCGCAGCGGCCCGUGCUGCUGGGAACGUUCGUACCCCAGUGUGAUGAGGACGGGCACUACGCGCCCACCCAGUGCCACCACAGCACUGGCUACUGCUGGUGUGUGGACCGCGACGGUCGGGAGCUGGAGGGUACCCGCACCCCGCCUGGGAUGAGACCCCCGUGUCUGAGUACAGUGGCUCCCCCUAUUCACCAAGGACCCGUAGUACCUACAGCCGUCAUCCCCCUGCCCCCAGGGACACACUUACUCUUUGCCCAGACUGGGAAGAUUGAACGCCUACCCCUGGAGAGAAACACCAUGAAGAAGACUGAAGCCAAGGCCUUUCUCCACAUCCCUGCAAAAGUCAUCAUCGGACUGGCCUUUGACUGCGUGGACAAAGUGGUUUACUGGACAGACAUCAGCGAACCUUCCAUUGGGAGAGCCAGCCUACACGGAGGAGAGCCAACCACCAUCAUUCGACAAGAUCUUGGAAGCCCUGAAGGCAUUGCCCUUGACCAUCUUGGCCGAACUAUCUUCUGGACGGACUCUCACUUGGAUCGAAUAGAGGUCGCAAAGAUGGAUGGCACGCAGCGCCGAGUGCUGUUUGACACCGGGUUGGUGAAUCCCAGAGGCAUCGUGACAGACCCCAUAAGAGGGAACCUCUACUGGACAGAUUGGAACAGAGAUAAUCCCAAAAUUGAGACUUCUUACAUGGACGGCACCAACCGGAGGAUUCUGGCGCAGGACAACCUGGGCUUGCCCAACGGCCUGACCUUUGAUGCAUUCUCAUCUCAGCUCUGCUGGGUAGAUGCAGGCACCCAUAGGGCAGAAUGCCUGAACCCGGCUCAGCCUGGCAGACGCAAGGUUCUCGAAGGCCUCCAGUACCCUUUCGCUGUGACAAGCUAUGGGAAGAAUUUGUACUACACAGACUGGAAGACGAAUUCAGUGAUCGCCAUGGACCUUGCUAUAUCCAAAGAGAUGGAUACCUUCCACCCCCAUAAGCAGACCCGGCUAUACGGCAUCACCAUUGCCCUGUCCCAGUGUCCCCAAGGCCACAACUACUGCUCAGUGAACAAUGGUGGCUGUACGCACCUCUGCUUGCCCACGCCAGGAAGCAGGACCUGCCGGUGUCCCGAUAACACCCUGGGAGUUGACUGCAUUGAAAGGAAAUGAUGACCAGAAUGCCUUGCUCCCUCUCCAAGUAUUUCACAGCAACACCCUACUUGAAAUGACUCGAUUCAGACAGAAAGUUGUCCUGCCGUGGAGUGACCAAUAGGCCCAUGUGUACCGAGCUUGAACCCCCACAACUUCACCUCAAUCUUCUAAAACAGUCACUCUUAGCUCAGUAGUGGAAAAAUCUCUACAUGAGGGCAGGACACAAACCACCCACCCACACACACACACACACACACACACACACACACUAACCCCAGUCUGCAGAUAAGAUUAUAAAGUUCUGGGUAAAAAGCCAAGGGUGGUGAUGUAUGCCUGUAACCUUGGGAGGUAGAGGCAGGAGGAUCAGUUGUUAAAGGCCAAUGUUGUCUAUGUAGCAGGGUUCAACAGCCUGGAUUACAUGAGACCCUUUUUCAAAAAAGAAAGAAAAUUCAGGGUGAAAAGCAUGUGUCCAUUCUAGAGCUGUAGAACCGUUUCCUAAUCUUAGACUCCUCCAUGUUAAGUAGACCCCCACAGACCUAAGCAGGCUACUUCCCUGAGGCAUUACAAGCUCAGCUGUUACUCUGAGGUGCCUCAGAUCUAGUCAAUUUCCCAACAACCCAUCCAGGUCCAGCUUAGCCAGGUAAUGAGUCAUAUUUUCUCUCUUGGUACUGGAACCUCUGUCUUUGUGCUCCUAUCUACCUACUCUCCUGUUCUAUACCUCUACACCCGCCUAAGACUCUGGUUUUAAUGCAUGCUCUGCCAUGUGAUCAAAGCCCAACCAUAUCUAGGAAUUCAUGACAUUUGGUGGAUGGUAAAAAAGAAGCCCCUCCCAGAUUAAAAAAAAAAAUUCUGGUAUUUCAACAGUGGCCACUGUUAAUCAAGUGGGUAGGUCAAGGAAAUGUCCUAGGAGAGGAAUUUGAAAAUGUGGAGUCAGGAUGUUUGAGGAUAGGGGAUUAUUAUUUUGAUGUGUCUUGAACUGCAGCAAAUUCUUCCUCUUUGCCAAAGUACCUGUAUUAGCAUCCUGUCUAUGAUGCCAUGCGAGUCUUCACCUCCACUCUUAGCACUAGUUCCCAAGUCUUCUCAUGGAGAGGCGUCUGGGGCCCAGGCUGGGGUAGGACUUAGAGUAAUGGCCCAUCACAGUCCCUCACCUUUAGAACUGUACCUUUGUUUCUCCUCUGUGGCCCUUUUUGACUAGAUCCUCAUCUGAAGACCCAAUCGAGGAAGAUCUAAUUGGGCAUUUCUACCAGUGGUUCAGACCCUUAUUUGGCCAUUGGUAUAGUUUCAAGGGACCUACUGCCUUUCAUAUUUCUGUCUAGAGUUUGUUUCAAAAAUAUCCCCUGACCAUAUGCAUAGCUACUGUUUUAUCUGUCUGUCUAUUUAUCUAUCUCUUUUUUAACUGCUUCCUAGACACUUAAGCAUUAGAAAUUUUGGAUUGAAAGUCAGGAAUUAGAAUUCAGCACAUUGUAGGCUAAGGGCAUAGACAAGACUCAGUGAGAACUAUCAGGAAGUAAUGGAUAUGGAUGGAGAACAGGAAAUGGAAACCUCAGGAGGAAAUGGGGGGAGGGGCUUAAAGGGAGCUAAGACUAAAAGCCUUAAAUAACUUCAGAGGGAAAAAAAUGACACAUUUUUCAGAAGAAUGAUUAUCCUUAAAGACAUAAAAGUACCUGCCUGAUGCUUUUCUUAGGGAACAGAGGCCCCUGCCUCCUUUUCUUCUAGCUUCGUCACACUCAGCCUCCAACCCCAUCUCUUUCUACCUCCUCUUCAAUCUGCUUAGAUUGGGCUAGAAACCUAAAUUGGGAGGGAGCCUUUACUUAAAUAAUUGGAAUUUAAAUCGCAAGGUUUAGGGAACCUAUGAAUCUUCUGUGCAACCUCAUAAAGUAGCCUCAGUUUUGGGGUGUUUGGGGAGGGGGAUCAUUUUUAUGAUGCCCUCUCUGUCAUGUUCCUCAUGAUAUCCACCUUUUAUAACUUUUAUUCAUUUUACUAGAUUUCUUCUAAAAUGUUUUACAUGGUAAAUUCUCAAACUGUGGAAACCACUGAAGGUGCUUUAUUAAUGGUUCUGCAAAUGUAUACAAGUGUGGAUGAUUCCUCGAGUUUACAGCUGUACCAGUAUUAGUGCAGAAAAUUAAAAAAAAAACCUGUUAAAA